ACGUGAAAACAGUUGUUUACAAUCUCCGCGCGAGUGUCCCGUAUCACUAUCAUAAACAAGUCUUGGGAAAUGUGCUCGGGAGUCCCUAGGAAGAUGUUCGCACGUUAACUUGGAAGUAUGGAAGCACCUACAACAUUCCCUCCAGACCAGAAAGAAAACUUCGUAACUGUGGUAUCCGUGGGGUCCGAAACAACCCGUUCUUCUGCACAAUGUGACUCUUUUUCCCCCGAUUCUAACAAUUCGGGCUACGUUACAGUACUUACCAUAGGUGACAGUGAUGAAGAAUGUGUUACAAAAGACAUAAUCGACGAAGUUCUUGUGUACAGACUUCCAGGUGAACGUUUGGGUUUUGGUUUGAAGUUCGAAGGCGGCACUAAAGCAAAUGAGUUCGUUAAACGUUUAUUUAUCCAGUCAUGUGCUCCAGACAGUCCAGCCUCGCGAGUCCAGAGUUCUUGGGGGAAGUUAACGGAAGGUGAUGAAGUGCUCGAAAUCGACUGUAUGCCCGUAAACACUAUGACUAGAAUCGAUUGUGUGCGGUGUCUUAAAGAUUCAAACGUCGUUAUCAAACUGUUAGUGAAACAUUUCAGUACGGGAAGUAAAGACAAUAAUAAGUCGGUAGAAGAUCUUCCACAAGUUAUAAGCGCCGAGAAGAAAAGAACUCCUCCACCGCCACCGCCAGUACCUCCGAGAAAAAUUCCGAAGAAGUUUUACAAGAACAACGUACAACACGAAAACCCGGUACCAGCGGCUCGCCAGAUCAACUCAGAAGUCAACGGCAACAAGAAUAAGAAAUUCCAAUCACCAAGAAGUAGCGGGCGAGCGUCGCAUUCUCCUGACAUUCCUCGCCGAGACAGAAGAUUCUCAGAUGGGAGUUUAGGACCUCCAGAUGCUGAAGUUUACGUAGAUCUGUUCUCGCAAGAGUCCACACAAAGUUUAAGCGAGUCGGACGAUACAGGAAGUUCCAUAUCUACAGUUGUUGACAGAUUUGGUUCUUUCCCAACUACAACAACUUCAAGUUUAGCAGGAAGUUUACCGUCCACACCUACAUCAGUACAAAAACAAAUUGACUUCACGAACUUAUUGAACGCGUACGACGACGAAGACUUCGUGGUACCGUUAAACAGAAAUAUUAUUAAACAAAAUGUUGUCAAAAACGGGGAUUUGAAUGAAAAAGUUGAAGAGAAAACAACAAGCGUCAAUGAAGAUGGUUCUCCACUGCAACCUCCAUCCUGCUUUCAAGAUGCUCCUCUUAGUUACGGAAAUGAGGACAUGAGAAUAAUAGAAACGAAAUCGAAUGAAAUUAAUAUGUGUGAGGAUAAAAAAACGAUGAAUAAUAAAUACGUGGAACAUAAUGUAAAUGGUGAGAAAAAUCCUACAAAAAUUUCCAACGGCGAGGACAAAGUAUUGAAAAAACCACCGGUACCACCGCGAUCCCGUGAUCUAAUCAACGCUCAUAAAAUGAAUGGGUGUAAAGAUUUUCCGAACAUUCAUGAUGAAAAUAUGAACAUAUCUAACUUACCACGUUUGGUUGACUUUGUUCCUAAAUCCACGACCAGGGACAAUUUUGAUAAUCCGGUUGAGAUUAUUAACGUAUUUUUAGAAAAUGAGCGCAGGGACACAGAUUAUCUAAAGAACGAACUUUAUGGAGAUGAUGAUAUCGAUGCAAAUUUGGAUGUUUAUAAUACCGAUAUUGAUGUAUAUAGCUCGAAGUGGAGUUUAUCUUCUCAACUGGCGACAAUCGGGGAAGUUGAAGAAGAAGGCUCUCAAGAUUCAAGUCUGAAUAGAUCACCGAUCAGUUCAACACCUAUCGUCAUUGUAGAAAACGCUGAUAAUGACACCAGUAAUAACGAAACAGCUAAACCGGACGUCGAACCAGCAAAUAACGUACCAAGAGAUGAUGAGGGUAUCAAUGGCAAGAUGGAAACUCUUCCGAGUGAUUCACGGCAGCCACCUGAUGGACAUGAGUUUCCAGACUACACCGAAGUCAUCAUCAGUGAACCAAGCGACGAAAAAUACCUCCGAGAAAAUUAUCAAGAUUUAUACAGUCAACAGCUAGACGUAAACGAAAAAAGUACAAAGCCAACACUAGUGAAGACUCACAAGUCAACAGAUAGUGUAAAUUGGAGUUCAAACAGAAGCUCUUUCAACGAUUUUUCCGUACAGAACAAGCCUCUUUCAAAGGCUAGUAGUGUUUCGAACAGUGAUCUUAGUUCGAUAAACCCCUUCGACGGUGGUGAUGAGGUAACCUUAAGAAGGGCUAGUUUAGAACCGACACUCCACACGAGAUCACAAAGUCUAAUCGACAUGUCGAAUUUAUCAAAGCAAAAAAGUGACCGCUGGAGUCUUUUAGCCGAACAAAGAAGAAAAGGAUAUUCGAAGUUAAAAGGACUUGUAAUACCAGAACACGUAUCUGAAAACGACACGACUCCUGCGGUUAACAUACCUGAAAUAAUAAGUCACACCACUUCAUCAUUUGUUCUAGAAACAAAGAUUCAUGCAAAUGAAACCACACAAUGCCAUUCAAAUGAAUCUGAACCAGUUGCAUUACCAUUAACCUCACCUCCUUGGGCUUCUAAUACCAGUACUUUCCCUAAAUAUUCUCCCGCCUUCAAGAGGAAAAGCCUUCAAGUUUAUUCGCAAACGAAAAACAAUAAACCUGAAGAACUUCCGACUGCCAUAAGUAAAUCGCCAGUAAAAACUGUUGUGCCUGAGAAAAGUGCCACUUUAAAAAAUAAGUCAGAUGAACUAAGACUCGAUAAUUUAUCCGAUUCCCCUAAAUCGUUAGAAAGUAUCACGUCACCAACAAGGUCGGACUGCAGUUUCGACUACGUUACGAAUUCCCUCGGCAAAGGGAAAUACAGUAAUAAACAGGAGUCGAACAGGACACCCAAAGAGACUUUCAACUACGUAUCGAAAUUACACAAAGACAUCGGAAAAUCCGAAGAUGAAAGUGACAAUGAUUCAGCAGUAAGCUCAAGUCAGUCUAGUUAUAUUUCGAGAUGUUCACCUCCACCUUCACCGACUAGAUCAUGUGAAAUGCUGGAUUAUGAAGCGAAUAUUCGAACUAAAUCAGACUCUAUCCAAGACGUCGAUAAAUACAGUAACAUGCAGUGCCGACUUUUGAAAGCAGCCAGCGUUGAAGCCAUUAAUCGUAAAAAUAUACUAGCCUCUGCAAAAUGUCGAAGCGGCAGGGACCUUAAAGUCGGCUCCCCCAUAAUUCAAAGAAAAUAUGAAGAUGAUACUAAUUCCACGACCACGAACCCCGCGGAAACUGAAAAUACAGUAAAAGAGCCGUCGAUUCCUAAACAAGAGUCCCGACCGUUUGAACUUCGUAAUUUAAUUAAAGAAAAACGCAGUAUGAGUGAAGAAUCUGCUCCUAAACCUGUUGUAAACGGAGAUAGCGGAAUUACGAAGAACGCAAAAACUGAAUCAGUAUUAACUAAUAAAGUAUCAGAACGAAACAAUCUGGUUACGUUGAAACCGGUAACUAAUUCGCUUACUAGCUUCUCCACGCAGCUAAGAGAAACAAAAAUACCUCCGAAAAGCAAUCUUGUCAAACCUAGUAGCUUGCGCAACAAUAACAAAGCAAUGAGUGUUACGGAUUUAAGAAAAAGUUUUGAAAAAUUCGGCGCCGCACCUCCCCCGCUACCCCAAAGCUUUCCAACAUCUGUUACCACCAAGGAACCAAAAACUCCAGUCACUAAAACCGAACCGAAAUUAACCAAACAGGAGAGUUUACCUGAGAAAAAAUCCGUAAGCAAUGGAGAGGUUGUUAAGCUGGAAACAGUAAAGCCGCAGCCCAUUCCAAUUCCAAAGGAAGCGACUCAAGAAAAACAAGAAGAAAUUUCUGUUGCUGCCACCAGGAGGACGAUUGUCCUCUGUCCCGAGUUCGUAGGCGGUAGUAUUGGCAUCACCCUGGCGGGAGGGACGGAUUACGAAACAAAAGAAAUAACGGUGCACAAAAUUCGUUAUGGAAGCGUAGCUUAUAACGACGGGCAGCUGAAAAAAGGCGACAAAAUUGUAUCCAUUAAUGGAAAAAGCACAACAAAUCUUACACAUGCAGAAUCUGUUGAACUACUAAAAGAACCAGUUGCUGAGUUUACCCUAAUCGUGGAAGAGGGUAAAGAAGAAACCGUUCCGUCACCACAACGAAAAUCCUUUAGUUCUGACACUUCAGAACCAAAAAGUCCGACAAUUGCUGCUGCUUCCACAAAGAGUGCUACACAUGUGAUCACCUUAACGAAAAAUGGUGCUGGUUUAGGGUUUAGUAUCGAAGGGGGAAAAGAUUCACCACUGGGCGAUUUGCCGUUAAGGAUCAAAAAAAUAUUCCAAGCUGGACUUGCCGAAAAAUGUGGAGAGUUAUGUGUUGGGGAUGAACUGUUGGCUAUUAAUGAGAUUAGCUUAACAAAUUUGUCAAGGAUAGAAGCCUGGUCUUUAAUGAAGAAACUUCCUGACGGUGAAGUCAGUAUUCAUAUUUACCGAUGAUUGUCUAUUUAUAUUUAUUUAUUUUAUAACUGUUGUCUUGCCAGACUGUGUUGGUAAUAUAAUGUACGUACUUAAUACUUUGUUGUUAAAUUAUUGUGUUUGACAGUCAAGGUUAUGUGUCCAGUUAAAUCAUUUAUAUAUUUUAUAAUAAACUCUUAUUUUGUAUUAUAAAUUUACCUAAAAAUAUCUAGUGCAGUGUAUAAAUUGUCAUUAAUAUAUUUUUAUAUGAAUAAAUUAUUGAUAUGUUAUGUAAA